GAAGAGACGAAGGAGAAGGUCAAGAAUUAAAAAUGGCAGCCCGCAGUAUGUUGAGGUCCGUGUGGACCUCAUUUGCGGGCUUAAAAUUAGGUGCCACGGGUACCAACGUGAAGUUUCAACAGACGAUACAUGUUCCCCAGCUACAGACGUUAACAAUUCAGAGCCGAGGGAUCCGCAAAGUGGUGGAGAAGCAAAUGGAGAACACGACAAUGAUUGAGGGAGAAAUACUGGACGUUCCAGCAGGACCCCAGCCUCCAAACCCCACAGCCAAGUGUCCUAUCUACAGAUGGAACCUGCAGCACAAAUACAACUACACGGAUGUUUUGUUGCUCAGUCAGUUCAUCAGGUCAGAUGGGGGGUUGUUGCCCAGGAGGAUCACAGGUCUCUGUCCAGAGGAACAUCGUAAGAUUGCCAUCUGUGUGCAGAUGGCCCACAGAGCAGGUCUGCUGCCUGACCACAAACCCAAACUUCCUGAGGGCCACGUCCCAAAGAGGCCCAAGCCACAACUUAACAGAUACCUGACCCGCUGGUCCACUGACUCUGUGAAACCCAUCUAUAAAACUGGACUGAAGUGGUGUAAGAAGCGCAUGUCUGUUGGCCACCCAGCACUCAAGGACAAUGUGCGUUACGGCGUCAAACCCCUUUACAUAAAACACUGAGGGGCAGAAAGCCUGACGAAUUGGUGCAGCAACUGGACGUUAGUGGGUGGGCCCUUUUUCAUGCAAGGAUGCAGUUCUAAGUGGAUUUACUUUUGUCAUACUGCCCUGGAAAUGGGUCUAAAAGCUUCAUCCAUCUGUAUUUAUUCUACAUUUUGUUUAUUAAGCUGUGUCAUGCUUCUUAAAGAAUCAUGCUCAGCCCCACCCAGGACCAUCUUUUCUGUCUCUGUUGGUUUUCAAAAAGCCUUGAAGUGAACUCUCUUGACAACUUAAUGUGAUCAUCAACUGGUUCUGUGUUACACUUUCAAAGUAGGUGGUAUGUUGACUGUGUAUACUCAAGGCAACACAGAUGUGCAAAUAAAAUGCUCUCAACAUG